GUUUCCAAUCCGCCAUUUUCCUUUAGUCGCCAUUGAGAGGUGAAAACUACGCUAAAUGUCGGUGAUUAUUUUAAGAUUUUGAGUGGUUUCUUUAAAAUUGAACCUGUUUUUAGUGUUGUGAAAUGAAAAUGAAGUGUCCCGGACUACCAUGACGCAUCAAAAUCACCAAACAAACGGUGCUAGUCUCGAGGAUUGCCACACUAACUUCUUCGCCUUGACCGAACUAUAUGGCAUAAAAUGGCGUAAACUCGUGUGGGGAGAGACUAGAGGCGGCGGCGAGGGUGAGGAAGGUGCGACUCCCCUCGCCGACCCUGUGAUAAGCAGUUACGCACGCUGCCUCGCCGGCGACAUCUUGUGCGUCUGGCGGCGGGUGCCUGCGCCGCAGCCGCCAGACAUCUACGAGAUGACCGCGCCCGCGCCGCCGCCCCUCUCCCUCCGAGCCGCCAAAGAACUCUGGAUCUUCUGGUACGGCGAAGAGCCCGAUUUGAACGGGCUCGUCGCCCCAGAGCUGAUUGCGAGUCAAGGCGAUCAAGGCUCCUGGGACAGUGGACUCUCCUACGAGUGCCGUUCGUUGCUCUUCAAAGCACUUCACAACCUCAUAGAAAGAUGUCUCCUGUCGAGAGAUUUUGUGAGGCUGGGCAAGUGGUUCGUGCAACCUUACGACGGCGACGAGGAGGACGUCGGCAAGAGCCCGUGGCACCUGUCGUUCUCGUUCGCGUUCUUCCUGCACGGCGAGAGCACCGUCUGCGCGUCCGUGGACGUCCGACAACAUCCGCCUGUCCGCACGCUGACGGCGCGCCGCCGGCAAGCGCUCCAUGCUGCUGGCAGGCGUGCUGAUGCGAAGGUGAUCCUGGCUCCAUUCGGACUGGAGGGCACGUUGACGGACCGCGAGUGGACCGACAGUGAUCCCGCCACAGCUAGACUAUUGGAUGCGUGGCGGCAGCUGUACCCGCUCGAGCAGGGUUGUGGAGCAGUAGAGGUGGUGUGCGGCGGCGUGCGGAUGCGGUACCCGCUGCCGUACACGCUGGUGACGGAGAUGGAGGCCGCGCCCGCGCCGCCGCCCUCCGCCGCCGCCCUCGCGCGCCGCACGCUGCACGCGCUCACCGGGCCCGCGCCCCACCUACUGCAGGGGGAGUCGUUCUGCAACGAUUCGAGCGGCGAGAAGCUCGACGACUUCGUGGACCCCACCCGCAAGACGAGCUGCGCCUGCGCAAAAGCGGGGUGCGCGGGCAGCUCGCCGGGCAGCUGCGGCGGAGCCUCGCCCGCGGCGGCCGUGUCGGCGCCCUCCUCGGCCGGCGCGCAGCCGCCCUCGCCGCACCACACGCCGCACCACACGCCGCUGCCCGCCCAGGGCAACCCGGGAGGCGGCGUGCCCGCGUCGCUGCACACGCCCGCGCCGACGCCCGACCCGCUGGCGCCGCCCACGCCCGCGCCGCCCUCCGCCCCCGCCAAGAACUACGCGCAGGGCGACUCCCCACCGAGCGGCGCGGAGCGGGGCGGCGGCGCGGCGGCGGGGGAGGGCGCGGGGGGCUGCCCCGCGCGCCGCCCGCACCUGCCGCCCGCCGAGCGCCGCGCGGACCCCCUCGAGGACGAGCACGCGCUCCACAUGCUCUACGACUACACCACCGUCUACGCCUGGCUGGAGCACCCUGUAAAGCGGUUUAAGAGCGAGGAGAACACGUUCCGCGAGGAGUUGGCGCUGGGCGCGGCGUCGGGCGGCGACCUGUACGCCGGCCACCACCACACCACCAUGCCGGCCAUGCCCGACCACGCGCCGCUCGACAUCAAGCAUGAGAAGCCCGACCCGGAGGACGGAAAAGAGUACAAAAACCUAUUCACAUCGGAUGGUUUGUGCCCAACGCUACGAGACCUGGAUCAAAUAUUUGAGAACUCAGAUGAUGCGGCCAGUGGCGAUGAGACGGUAAGACUUCUGCAAGUACAAACCCCGCCGGACUCCAACAAGUCUGUGGAGGAGUCGCGGUACGUGGGGCGCAGCGUGCGCGCGGAGGAGCUCAGCAAGAUGUUCCCGACGCCGCCCAGCAUGGAGGCGCACCCGCAGCCGUCGCCCGGGUUCUCGCUGCCCGAGGACGCGCCGCCGCCGCUGCUGCACGCGCACCUGCACGCGCACCUGCACCCGCACGCGGCGCUGCUCGCGCACGCGCCCCACGCGCGCCUCGCGCUGCCCGGCUCGCCGCCGCCCGACCCCAUAGAGGACUGGUCGUACGUGUUCAAGCCACCGACGAUGUAUAAGUGUGUGGGGUCGUCGAAGUACGCGCCGCUGGCGACGCUGCCGAGCCAGCAGCUGCCGGCGGUGGCGCUGCCGCCCGACGCCGUGUACCGCCCGCGCUGGCAGCUCGAGCCAGCAAAACGAUCCCACGACCAGCCCUCCGCCACACCGACCACCACUACCACCACUGCCACCGUUGCCACCACCGGCACCGCCACGUCCGACCACCGGACAGCGGGCGUGAAACGGAGCGCCUCCCCCGUGGUGGAGUCGCGGGAGGCCCGCGCGCGGCGGGCGGGCCCGGGCGGGGGCGGGGGCGGGGGCGCGGCCGUGGGUGCGGGCGGGGGCGGCGGGGGCGGCGCGGAGGGCGGGGCGGGCCCCCUGGCGGCGCGGUCCCCGGCGCGGUCGCCGCCGUCGCCGCGCGCCGCGCUCGCCGCGUGCCCGCUGCUGCUGAACGUGCUGCUGGCGGACACCGUGCUCAACGUGUUCCGCGACCACAACUUCGACAGCUGCACGCUGUGCGUCUGCAACGCGGGGCCCAGGGUGGUGGGCAACAUCCGCGGCGCGGACGCGGCCACGUACCUGAGCGGAGCGGGCGCGCGCGCGGGAGCGGGAGCGGACGACGACUCGCCCGUGGACUCGCCCGCGGCCGCGCCGCCCGACGACGAGCCCACGCGCUGCACCUGCGGCUUCAGCGCCAUCGUCAACAGGCGCCUCGCGCACCGCGCCGGACUCUUCUAUGAGGAUGAGAUGGAAAUAACCGGCCUGGCGGAGGAGCCGAGCCCGCGUCGCGGGGCCGGCGGGGCGGGCGGGGCGGGCGGGGCGGGCCCGGGCGGGGGCGGCGCGGGCGGCGGCGGGGGGCUGGCGGAGGUGGCGGCCGUGGUGGUGGCGCAGUGCGCGGCGCUGGCGGGCGGCAGUGCGAGUGCGCUCGCGCGAGCAGCUCGCUUGCACGCCGCGCCCUCGCCGCCGGACGAGCUGCGGCUCAACCUGCUCGAAUACUCUGACGGCGGCACGGCUGCGGCGCGGGCGCUGCGCGCGGCGGGCGCGGGCCCGGGCGCGGGCGCGGGGGGCGCCGUGCACCGCUGGCCCUUCAUAGGGGCGCGCGCCCCGCGCUCCUCCAGGGACGUAGUCAGAUUAAUGCGUCGAUUGCGGCCGCUCCUCCAAGACGCGAUACAGAAACGAUGCUGCGGCGCGCGCAUGUGGGACGGCGUGACGGGCCCGCUCACCUGGCGGCAGUUCCACCGGCUCGCCGGCCGCGGCAACGAGGACCUGUGCGAGCCGCAGCCCGUGCCGCCGCUGCUGGUCGGCCACGACCGGGACUGGAUCUCGCUGUCGCCGUACGCGCUGCGGCACUGGGAGCGGCUCGCGCUCGAGCCGUACUCGUACGCGCGCGACGUGGCGUACGUGGUGGUGGCGGCCGACGGCGAGGUGCUGUCGGAGCCGCUGCGCACCUUCUUCCGGGAGCUGUCGGCGGCGUACGAGGCGCUGCGGCUGGGCCGCCACCACCCGGUGCACCGGAUCGCGCGGGACGGGAUCGUGCGCGCGGGCUUCGAGCGCGAGCGCGACGCCAGCGAGGCGGAGUGCGAGGAGUGGGCGGGCGAGCUUCCGGCCGGCCGGCUGGGCGAGUACGUGCGCGCGUACGCGGACGCGCUGCGCACGAGCGUGGUGCCCGCGCUGGCGGCGCUGGCCGUGGACCGGUCGCUGCUGGAGGGCGAGCGCGCGCCGCGCCCGCCCGCGGAGCCCGCGCCCGACGACGAGCCGGCCGCGCCGCCCGGCCCGCCGCCCGCCGCCGCCUGGGACGACCACGAGGGCGGCGCGCCCGCGCUCGUGCUCUACCUCGUGGAGCCGCCCGCCGCGCACGCGCAGCGCGCCCGCGCCCUGCACGCGCUGCUGCGGCUCGCGAACAGGAUACACCACCAUCUCAGGCAUCACAACCCGCUCAUCAAGAUAAUAUCCCUGGAGGGCGUGUACGAGGCCUGGGCGGCGGGCGGCGAGGGUCCGUCGGGGGCGGGGGCGGCGGGGGAGGCGGGCGCGGGCGCGGGCGCGGCCGAGCUGCGCGCGCUGGCCUUCAGCGUGUUCAGCGGCGCGCGCCGCCUGCUCGUGCACGCCGCCAACGGGAAGACGCUCACCGGCUUCGGCACAGCCGCCGUCGCCAACCACUUCAUCAACUCCAAAGACGAGAAGAACAAGGCGCCGUACAAGCUGUUCGCGCCGGCGUGGGUGUUGGCGCCACCACGCGCCCUCAAGGAGGUGGCGGAGACAUGGGGGCAGGGCUGCGGCGAGCAGGGCGCCGUGCUGUUCGUGGCCUACUGCCUCUCGCACGACCAGCGCUGGCUGCUGGCCGCCGCCAGCGACGCGCGCGGGGAGCUCCUCGACACCGCCGCCAUCAACAUACACGUGCCCGCCAGGUCCCGGCGGCGGCGGUGCGGGCCAGCACGGCGGCUGGGCCUCAAGAAGCUGAUGGAUUUCACCCUCGGCGUCAUGAGCCAGGCCGCACAGCCCUGGCGGCUCGUCAUCGGACGCGUUGGACGCAUCGGACACGGCGAGCUCAAAGGGUGGAGCUGGCUGCUGUCGCGCAAGCACCUGUGGCGCGCGUCGUCGGCGCUGCGCGAGCUGUGCGGCAGCUGCGGCGCGCUGUACCCGGCCGCGCCCUGCAUCCUGUCCGCCUGCCUCGUCUCCACCGAGCCCGACUCCUGCCUGCGGCUCAUGGCCGACCGGUUCACGCCCGACGAGCGGUUCUCGCAGGCCUCCAUACACUCCCACCUGCACACGCCCAGGGACGUCACCGCCACGCACAUACUCGUCUUCCCCACCUCGGCCACCACGCAGUCAAAUCAGAUGCCAUUCGAGCCCCAAAUGGCGAACGGCGAGGACAACGACAUGAUGUUCCUGAACGUGGACAUGGGCGACGAGGACAUGGGCGAAGACAACAUGGCGGACCUGCUGAUCGGCGACAUGUUCAGCAACAUGUGGGCGCAGAACAGCCCGCGGAACUCGCCGCGCAGGAACGACGACGACCCCGCCAGCCCCGCGCCCGCCCACCACGUCGCCGCCUGCCACCACCACGACGACCCCGCCGCCGAGCAGGUGGGCACGGUGCUGCAGCAGCCGCUGGCGCUGGGCUACAUGGUGUCGACGGCCCCGCUGGGCGCGAUGCCGGCGUGGUGGUGGGCGGGCUGCACGCACCUGCGCGACGCCUGCCCCGCCUUCCUCAAGAACGCGCUGCACCUGCACACCGGCAACGUGCAGGCCGCGGACGACUUCACCUCGCUCACGCAGCGCCGCGACCACAACACGCACCCGCUCGACUCGCAGACCACCACCGACGUGCUCAGAUACGUGCUGGAGGGGUACAACGCGUUGUCGUGGCUGGCACUAGACGGCGCCUCGGACCGUCUGUCGUGUCUGCCCGUGCACGUGCAAGCUCUGAUGCAGCUGUACCACACGGCUGCCGCGCUCGGGUAACCUCGCCACCACCGCGCAGAGUAACCACUUGAUCAUCACCACCGCAGCCGACCGCCCUCUUCACACGGAUACCUCCAUUAUUUAUUACUCGACACUAUUUAUUGAGGGCGGCUGAGGGGAUCCCGGACACGCCUCCCCUCGCGGCGACUUCUCACACCGACCUCGAUGUCGGUACAAAUGAAGCUAGCUGGUAAACCAGGAAGCUAGCUUCGACAAUUCAAGGUCCAAUUUGGCAUAUGAAUGAUUUUCUAAAAUUUAUACACUAUAAUAUAGUACCGAGAUAAUUCUCACCGAGGGGAUUUUGAUUGUCGUUUUGUCGGUAUACCUUGUAGCCACAUGAGAAUGUUAACUUCCAUAUAGUCUUUCGCUACUGUCUACUUCCUGAUCUCUCGCUCCACGUGUCAUGAACCUCAUUUUCUGUAGUCUAGUACUCGUUAAAUAAAAACGAAGACGUUGAACGUAAUAAAAUGCAAUAUGCUAAACUUUUAUAUAUAUUUUAUAAACACAUCUAUCAUAUUUUGUCUCAAAGCUAAAUUUAUAACUUACCUAUAUUACUAUUUCGUAUAUACCAAAUGAAAAUUAUUGUGAAAUCAAGAAUU